ACGCUACGAUUUACAAAGCUUCUAUGAUGUCACAAUUAUCUGCCUUUGUACAACAAAAAUCAUAGUGCAUGGUUUAGAUUGUGAGUAAUGCCGUUUGGAAGUUGGUUAAUACAAUGGAUAAGUCGACCAUUUCGGGGUUUUGGCGACUCAAAAAGAAAGGCGUACAUGGAUAUACUAAAUUCACUUGAGGACACUGACAAAGUUAUGUUUGUUGAGAAUGGCCAUGGCAAAAAAGGCUUAUUAGUCUUCAGACAGAAAAUAAAAAAGAGCGGAACCAGCGUAAUCUACGCAGGCGCAAGCCUUAUGGAGCCAUUUCCGGUCGUCUACAAGCUUGUCAAUAAAAAGUAUUGUGAUCUUCUUCUGAAGGAAUACAUAAUCAUGAGGUCCGUUUGGCACAGAAAUAUUUUGCAUGUCCGGGGAAUUCACUUCAGCCUCAAAGGGAACGUUGUCAUCAUGCGGAUGGACGCUGCUUAUAAUCGAGAUUUGUACUCGUACUUACGUACAACGGAAGGGUAUGUAAAUAAGCCCGUGUUAGAUAAAUGGAUGAAAGAACUGGUGUCUGCAAUGUGUCAUGUGCACUCUAAAGGUUACGUCCAUGGUGACCUUAAUUAUAAAAACAUUUUACUAACCAAAGAUUUAUCAAUUAGAGUUGCUGAUUUCGGAUCCGCUGAUAAAAAGUCCAAGUUUAAGUUAACCCGAUACGAUCCGAAAUUCCUCCCACCAGAACUGAACUCCCGGCGAUUAGAGCCAAUUCCGGCCGAGUAUGACACCCGUCUUAUCGAUGUCUGGGGUGUGGGGGUAGUGUUGUUUUUCGCCCUGACCAAACACCACCCGUUCACUGAGAGUAUAACUAUGUCUGCCACUGAUGUUCACGGAAACUGUCCCGGAGAAACGCUGCUUUAUGACGAAGACCGGAGGCGUUGUAGUUCCUCUUACGCCAAAGUUGUCGGAAAGCUCAUGGAUUACAAUGCCGCCCGGCGCCCUAAACUUUGUUACAUAAUAAGGCAAGACUAUUUCAGUGAAACAUAAAUCAAGGGCAUCUUGAUGUUGAAUAGCUUAAUCAUAUGUUGAAGAAAGCUUUAAUUUUAAACUUUGGCAAAUUACCCUAUUUCUGUUUGGAUAAGUAUAACCCAAUCCUUAUUAAUAACGACAGCAGAUAGUUAUUCUUCCCAAGAAGGGAAGGAUGGAUGGAAGAAAUUAAAUGUCUCUCCUCUAGAUAGAUCCGUUCCUAGUUAAAUAUUAACAUAUGAGUUAUAUUUAUUUCAUCAUAAAGUAAAAAUUAAAUGAGCAUUAAAGUUGAAUAUCAAAUUC